GCCACCCGCGACGGAGGGUCGUGUCGUGUCCACGAUGUAAUUUCUCGAACAACUUCCUACUCCUUUCUGCUAUCCUAGUACUAGUUUAACGAUACGUAUCAUGUAUUCUGUAUAGAAAAAAUUGGUGCUCAAUUAAUUAAAGAUAGAUAACCGUUUAAGAUAAAGAUAGUAUUUUUUAUAUCGACGCUUUGUUAUGGCAGUUUGCUAGUUUAGGGUCGUAGUCAAUUUUCGCGAAAGUGAAUUCAAGAUGAACUUCAUAGGUGCAGUAGGCGGUGAUGGCGAUGACAGCGACGACAAGGAAAAGGAGGAAGAGGCGGAACGUGAGCGGCAAGAGGCCAUCCGUGAAGCCGAGGAGAGGCGCAAGGAGAAGCAUCGCAAGAUGGAGGAGGAGCGAGAGAAGAUGCGCCAGGAGAUCAGGGACAAGUACAAAAUCCCCAAGAAGGAGGAGAUCGCGGAGCAGCAGCAGCAGGAGCCCGACAACCCUCUCAUGAGGAAGAAGAAGACCCCCGAGGAGUUGGCCGCUGAAGCCGAGCUCGAAGACCAGGAUGAGUUCACUAAAUUGAAAAACACGAUCGAAACGCAAGUGAACGAACUGAAGUCCCAGAUCGAAAGUAAGUGCGUGAUGCAGUGAACACCAGCGGCAAUGCCGCGCCCCUAACUUAUAACCCGAAUACAUGAUGUAGCUGUGCUAAGUCAUCGACAAAGUCCCACACCCAUCCUCAACCCAAAGAGAUAUUUCGUUCAGGAAUUGUAAAGCUGAUUGCAUGCGACACAUGCACCAUUUGGACGUUUUUGGUGAGUGCAAACUCGAUUUCUCGCCAUCAUAAAUACUUGCAACUGCAAAAUACUGAAAAUGGCGUCACAAACGUCAAACUAAACCCAUAGAACUAAUAUAAACCAUAAGAACCCAUAAGAAGACGUCAUCAACGUGGAAGAAAUCAAAUGUAUCUCAUCAGUACGUUAUGACAUCAUAUAGUAUAGAUUUAUAAAAUGUCUGCAGCGUAUGUUGGUACGCUUGCAAUCAGCAUAAAGGUUCAGAUUGUAUCAUCCGCGCUCAAAAAAAUUUUGUAGAAGAGACUUGAAUUCAGAAUUUUUUCGGAACAGUAGACGGCUAGUGGCAAGUUUAUGGCGUUGGUGCUUUGAUAAUGAGCAAUAAUAUUUUUAUACAUUCAUAAAAACGUGGAAGAGCGGCCCUCGAAACCACCGAGAAAACUGUCGUCUACAAAUAGUAAAGUUAACGUUAGGUCAAAAAGUCAUCGUGAAACCGGGCGAUCACACAGCUGUAGUUGUACUUAAAUGUGACAAACCAAAAUACUUGCCGUCCGCCGACUAGGACGCAGCUAAGUGCGAAAAGUUCCAAGCGAAAAUUUUAUACAUUUUGAAAGGGAUAUCUCGAAAAUGGAAGAUAAAAAGAAACUGUCAAUGAAAAAAAUAUAGCUUUCAUUCUUUUUAAAAUUAUUUCAUCUGAAUACACUCUACAAUGCUGCUAAUAUCUUUUUUGACUGUCAUUUUAAAAACUACGAAAGUUAGAAAAACUGUUCCAAUAAGACAAAAAUCUGUUAUGAACUCAUAAGGUGGCAAAAUAGUAUAUCUUAGAAUUUGUAAAUUGUACGAUGUUGUAAGGCAUCAAUGGUGGCUUUAGAUAGUGGCAAUUAAAAUGGAUUUAUUGGAAGUAGAGAAAAGGAUGGCCAUGCAUAGCCGUUUCUAUAAGAAAACGAAACUUAUUGCCUAGCUGCAUUUUAGUCAACAGCGGACGGCAAAAUAAACAAACUUGUUUUAUAUGUUGAUGCUUGUGAUAUAUUGUUAUUUAAGUGUAAAAUGAGUAAUUAAUACAACUAGAACGGUGUAAUAAUAAAUUGGAGGGAUUAUUAAAUUAAGAUUAGCACGCGUGUAGUGGCUUAAAGGCAUUUAAGUUUAGAUUGAGACAGUAACUGGCGACAGUUGGUCUCGGGUAAGUACUGCACCAUAAAGGAAUGUUUACUCAGGACCGCAGGUCUGUCGCAAGUUACUGUCUAAAUCUAAAUCUGCCUUAAAGUUGAGCGUAUGAUGUAAUAGGCUGCAUUGAACAAAGUAGCAAAAUUGCAUUUCGAUAGCAGAAUAAUAACGCAAACUAUCUGUCAUUAUAAAAUAAGCAAUUCUAAGACAACUACGGGCCGGCCCGGUAUCCAUUUAAACGGAGCGGAGAUGUGUUCAGUCAACCAAUCAGAUUAUUGAGAGAUGGCGUGAUAAUUUUUCCACGUCAUCUACUAAGACUCUGAUUGGUCUGCUAAACAUAUCUCCGCCCAUCUCCGCUUUUGUGGAUACAGUUCCUGAUUCUUUUAUGACAUUGAAAUCUUAACCGUCGUCGUUCAUUGAGAUGUCAAACUUGUCAGCACUCUUUGAAGAGAUCUCAAAUUUGAUAUCACAAUGCAUUUGCACGUUACGCCAACAAUGUCAUAUUUUAUAAUCAUCUUUAUUCAGAGCUUGUUUUUGUGUGGAGGUCUCCACAUGAGUCUGUAAACGUUCAUAUGAAAUCUGCUGUAUUGUGCCGCCUGCAUGCAUCAUACGCUCAACCAACUCGAUUCCUAUUUUCUUCGUCUUCGAAGUUCAAGCGCUUACAUUGAAAUAACAAUGUAUUCUUGUUGUCUUGAAUCUUGAUAUUUGUUUUCAUCCAAAUUCCACUGGGCUUGUGUCUCUUGGUGUACUAUGGCUUGCUCUGCUCCCUUCGUCUCUUCAAAACUUUUGCCUCGAAAUCUUUUGCAUGCGUGCUUAUGCAGUGUCUCAAUAUCGUGUCAGUGUAUUUUGUUUAGGCGUAUAAAUAUUGGUUCGAAAACUGAUGAAAAUUUUGAG